AUGGCCGCAGGGUCAAGAAGAACAGAGUCGCCUUCGGAGGAGACCCCUCUGAUUGCGUCGUCCACGAUCGAGGAUAAUGGAACCGACAUGCCGGUCAGUCUGGCCAGAGGGUUGGCGAUCAUUUCUCUCAUGGGUCUUCUCAUCUUCAUUCAAACUACCAAUAUGUCGAUGAUGACCACUGCCCAGUCGGAAAUUGCAACAGAUCUGGAUGCUUUUGCAGAAGCGACUUGGUUCACUUCUGCCUACCUCAUUGCAAUGUCCAGCAUCACGCCUCUUGCAGGCCGGCUCUCACUGAUAUUUACACCACGUGUGUUCGUCUUCUUUUCGAGUCUAGUCCUAUCCCUGGGGCUCUUCAUCACCGCAUUGGCGAGGAACAUCACUUUAUUCCUACUGGGACGUGCAGUCUCUGGCUGCGGCUGUGGGGGGUUGAUGAGCACAUCGAUCAUUCUGGUUCUCGACCUGGCUAGCAAGCGCCGGAGAGGACUAUGCUUUGGGAUGAUCAACAGCGGGUAUACCAUAGGAGUUGCGUCCGGCGCCGUUCUGGCGGGACUCCUAACUCCAGCUUAUGGAUGGCGAUGUAUCUUCUGGGUUCAGGCCCCCGUGGCAUUGGUCCUGGCACCCCUACUCUUUAUGGCGAUACCCAGCCAUCCGCAUCGUUCCUCGAACCACGGUGGGACAAGAUCAUUACUUCAGAACCUUGCGAGGAUUGACUACGGUGGGGCACUGGCAUUGACACUUGCUGUUGUUCUACUUCUCUCUGGUCUUGCCUCUACGAAGAUCAACACAAUUCGGGUUCUCCUAUCCCUUAUAUCACUUGUGACAUUCCUUAUAAUCGAAUCGGAAUUCGCAGCAGAACCCAUCGUACCUAUUGCGGUUCUCAAAACCCGCAGCGUCUUGCUAACUUGUUCUGCCAGCAUGGGCUUGAUGGUGGCUCGCUGGGGUGUGCUCUUUUUCGCCCCCGUCUAUGCAAUGGCCGUCCGAGGCUGGUCUCCAGCCUCUGCUGGGUUGAUCCUCGUACCGACGAAUGCAGGCUUUGGACUAGGAGGACUCCUAGUAGGAUGGAUACACAUCCGCAAAGCAGGCAGUUACUACAUUUCAUGUCUUCUCGUUUUCUUCCUGUUCGCUUCAUCAACCUUCCUCCUUUCAGUCCUGUCGACUCCGACUUCCUCAACCAUAGCCUACGUGUCUGCCAUCUUUAUCAAUGGCAUUUUUGCGGGUGCAGCGUCGAACUACUCGAUGUCGCAUGUAUUGCAUCUUACAAGUCCCCAUGUGAAUUACAUCGUCACCUCAUUGCUGGCUAUGUCGCGAGGUUUCGCAGGCAGCUUUGGAUCCGCAAUCGGUGGAGGGCUGUUCUAUCGGCAGCUAAAGAUAUUUCUUGAGACUGGCUUUGCGGGACAUGAUGAGCUGAUCCGCAAACUGCUGGGCAGUCCUGCCUUGGUGUCGGAAUUAACUGGUCCGGAGAAGGAGGUCGCUGUGCAGAGCUAUGAGCAUGCGGUGAGAAUGCUGUUCUUAGCGGGCAGUAUCCUGGCGCUUGCAGCGACGGUCUUCCAGGCUGGGACGGGAUGGCAUUCUCAUGAAGCAGUUGAGAAAGAAGUGGAAGAAAUCUUGGAAGAUGAGGAUCUAGAGGGACUAGUCGAGGAGGGUCGUGGGGGUGAUUGA